AUGAGUUUGACCUCGCGGGUGUUUGGCCUGUUCUCGACAGCGAAUUCAGACCCAACUGUGACACCUGCGGGGGACUCACCCACCUCGACAUGGACACAACCCACUCCCACCGGGGCGAUUCAUGAUGACCUUGCGCCGGUGGAGGAGGAAUCCCGGCCUCCAUAUCUACAUGCGAUGUUGGCUGGUGGUACCGGAGGAACAUGCGGCGACAUGUUGAUGCACUCGUUAGAUACCGUCAAGACCCGACAACAAGGCGACCCGACCUUCCCGCCGAAAUACACCUCGAUGGGUCAAUCCUAUGCGACAAUCUACCGUCAAGAAGGGUUCUGCCGCGGUCUAUAUGGAGGAGUGACGCCGGCCCUUCUCGGAUCGUUCCCCGGCACUGUGAUCUUCUUCGGAGUUUACGAGUACACCAAGCGUUUAAUGAUCGACUCGGGGAUCAACCCCAGCAUCGCAUAUCUAUCAGGCGGUUUCUUUGCCGACUUAGCUGCGUCCAUUGUCUACGUGCCAUCCGAAGUCCUGAAAACACGAUUACAACUGCAGGGACGACACAACAACCCACACUUUAACUCGGGCUACAACUAUCGCAACAUGAGAGAUGGAUUCCGUCAGAUCGUCCGCCUAGAAGGGUUUCCAGCAUUAUUCCACGGUUACAAAGCCACCAUCUUCCGCGACCUCCCGUUCUCGGCCCUUCAGUUUGCAUUCUACGAGAAAGAACAAUCUUUGGCUAAACAAUGGGUUGGCAAACGGGAUAUUGGAUUAGGCCUGGAGAUUUUAACAGCCGCCACCGCCGGCGGGAUGGCUGGUGUGAUCACCUGUCCCAUGGAUGUUGUCAAAACGCGGAUUCAAACCCAACAAAACCCGAUAGCAACCCCAACUCCAUCCGGCUCGGGCGCAAAGCAUUGUGUUGAACAUGUACCCAAAGAAAGUCCCCGACCACACGCGCCGGCAUCAUCACAUUCCCAUACCCCUCGAGCACACUCACGGCCGAUUUCCACCUCGGGAGCGUCCACAUCAAUUCCUGCACCGGGCACACCACGACUCGACACUUCAUCGGUGUUCACUGGGUUGAAAAUGAUUUACCGAACGGAAGGCAUUGCGGGGUGGUUCCGCGGCGUGGGUCCACGGGGUGUGUGGACAAGCAUUCAAAGCGGGACUAUGCUGGUGAUGUAUCAGUAUCUGCUUAAACAACUCGAGGCCCACCAGAUUCUGGAAGAGCGGGCUUUGUAG